CAGCCGCCGCCGCAGACGGAGCGGAGCCGCCGAGAGGUCGCGGGCGAGCCCGGCGGGAUGAGCCAGCGCCUCAGGCACAGCCAGCGCCGCGGGCCGCGCCCCGACAUGGUGCCCGAGAUCGCCGCCGCCGUGGGCUUCGUGUCCGGCCUGCUGCGGACGCGGGGCUGCGUCAGCGAGCAGCAGCUGCAGGUGUUCAGCGGGGCGCUGCGGGAGGCGCUCACAGAGCACUACAGACACCACUGGUUCCCCGACAAACCCUCCAAGGGCUCCGGCUACCGCUGCCUGCGCAUCAACCAGCGCAUGGACCCCCUGAUCGGGCGCGCGGGGGGCCUGGUGGGGCUGGGGCUGCCGCAGCUGCUGCGCCUGCUGCCCCCGGAGCUGGCGCUCUGGGUGGAUCCCUUCGAGGUGUGCUACCGCAUCGGCGAGGACGGCUCCAUCUGCGUGCUCUACCAGGCAGCCAGGAGCCCCAAUUCCUGCGCGGGGCUGCUCAGCUGCAAGGAGCAGGUGAUGCUGGGCCGGAGCAGCCCUUCCAAGAACUGCAUCAUGGCUGUCUCCAGUUGAAAAAACAAGGAAAAAAACCAAACAAAAUGGGAAAAAAAAGAAAAAAAAAAACAAACCCCGGGAAAAGAAAAUGAAUCUCCUCCUUGUCCUUACACUGCCAAGACACAGGCUGCUGUAAUACCUCGAGCUGAGGAUCUAUUUUUAAGAUGAAGAGCUAUUUAUAUUUUUUUUAAAAAAAA